ACCGUGCGAUGAACCCCCAAUUGGAAAGGGAGAGAUCAGAACUUUGGAACAAAAAACAAAUGGAUUAAUGAAUCAUCACUGACACCCAACCCAGAGAAACCAGAGACUCGAAAUUCUCCUCCGUCCGCGACGAUGUCGUCAAACAACGACAGCCCGUCUUCCCCCUCAGCCGACACUACACCGUUGCUGAGCGACCAGAGCCCCAGCAAUCUCUCCCGCUUCCUCGGCCGCACGCCCAGCAUCCGCGGCGCCGCCCGCUUCCUCCGCCGCGGCCGCUCCAUGCGCGAGCCCUCCGUCCGCGUCCGCGAAGCUGCGGCCGAGCAAAUCGAGGAGCGCCAGAGCGAUUGGGCCUACUCCAAGCCCAUAGUCGUAUUGGACCUCGUCUGGAACCUCGCCUUCGUCGUCGUCUCCAUUUCCGUUCUCAUCAUGAGCCGCGAUGAAACCCCCUCGAUGCCGCUGCGCCUUUGGAUUGUCGGCUACGCGCUGCAGUGCGUCCUUCACAUGAUCUGCGUCUGCGCCGAGUACAGGAAGAGGUAUUCCCACCGCAAUUCUCAGAAUUACUCGAAUUCCAGCUCCGGAACCGGAAGUGAUGACGUGGAAUCCGGCGGUUAUGCUUCCGAGCGCCAGCAGAGUGAUGAUGAAACUAGUGUUGCUAAACACCUGGAGUCUGCAAAUACAAUGUUCUCGUUCAUUUGGUGGAUAAUUGGGUUCUAUUGGGUAUCUUCUGGUGGCCCGGAUUUGACUGCUGAAUCGCCACAGCUUUACUGGCUUUCCAUUGCAUUCUUGGCAUUCGAUGUUUUCUUCGUUGUGGUUUGUGUUGCUGUGGCAUGUAUAAUUGGAAUUGCUGUUUGCUGCUGUCUACCAUGUAUCAUUGCAAUCUUAUAUGCAGUUGCAGAUCAGGAAGGAGCUACUAAGGAAGAUAUUGAGAGACUACCAAAAUUCAGAUUUCGGAAAAUUGGUGACUUUGAGAAGCAAAAUGGUGACACUCAAGAAUCAUUUGGAGGAAUAAUAACUGAAUGCGAUACUGAUUCUCCCACAGAGCAUGUUCUACCACUUGACGAUGCUGAAUGUUGUAUUUGCCUUUGUGCCUACGAUGAUGGAGCUGAGCUGCGCGAACUCCCCUGUCGGCAUCAUUUUCACUCAGCCUGCAUAGACAAGUGGCUGCACAUAAAUGCAAUUUGUCCACUCUGCAAAUUCAACAUACUGAAAACUGACAGUCACAUUGACAGCGAAGAAGCAUAAUCGAGAAAUGUAUAAACAAUCAACCAGGAGACUUGUUUAACUUUGAUGUUGGAUGACCAAAGCUUUCCUGCUUCAGGUAACGCCUUGAGAGCUGCUUGUGCUUGUUGUGUAACUUUGAUGGCCUUUUGGUGCUUUCUUUACUCUGAUUGUAUAUUUUCUCUUAUAAAUAGUUUUUGUGGAACUUCUUGUUUCUGCAAGACUAGAAAAAGGGAGUUGUAACUCGAAACUAAACUGCUUCAUGUAACAUUCCAACAUAUUUAGAAUUAAGCUGUAUGUAGUAAGUACUCAUUUGCAGAAAAAGCUAAAAUCAUAUAUUGGCACCUCGGUCAAAUCUGCAGGUUAUAUAAUUCGUUUUUUCUCA